ACAAUUCUAAAGAAAACGGUGAAGGAUUAAAAGGGAGUUUGACACAUAUUGAAGCACAAGUGCAAUUUUGCAGGGUGAAGUUACAGGAAGUCAAUAGGUUAGAUUUUGCACUCCAAGAUUUCCAAUUAUUUAUCUACAAGCAGAGACUCCAGCUCAUGAAUCAGAUGCAGAUAUGGCUGUCGCGUACAGUGCCUCUACAGUGACAAACAUGGAGAUGGACAACAGUAGAGUUGGCUAUAGCCAACUUUUUGAAGAUGGCAGCAAGCUUCGGCAGUCAGUUCAUGCAUUGAGGAACCGCCCUUUUAGGGCUGCUACAGUUUGUCUCGGGCUGCUGUCUAUUGUCCUGUUGGCUGGGGUCAUAGGUCAGAGCAUCCACCACGGAAAAGUAGAGCAAGAGCAUCAGAACAACGUCACAGCCAUGAAUAACGAGAAAGAGAAGCUACAGGAGAACCUGAAGGCCGUGCAAAAAAAUCAAAAAAUCCUUGAAACCAGCCGCAAUGACUUACAGCAAAAAAACGAUUACUUGACUAAAAAGAAAGAGCAGACAGAGACCAAUAACAAUAUACUGACCGAACAAACAGCCACUCUAAAAGCCAGCCAAAGCCGGCUAGAAGUCAGUGAUGCUGUUUCCAAGAAAGAGAUAGAACAGCUAAAAGCCAGUAAAGACCAGCUGCAGACUAAUAGCAAUGCCUUGUCUACUGCCAAAAACUUAUUACAAAAACGAUAUGAUUCAGUGGUUCAACGCAAAAAUGAGCUACAGGCCAGUUCAGACUCAGUGACCAAAGAAAGGGACAAUUUACAGAACAAAUUCAAUAAUGCAACCAGAUCAAAGGAGGAGCUGCAGAUGAGUUACAACGACAUGAUUAAGAAAGUAGAGCAUUUGCAGGACAGAUACAACUUCUCUAGCAGUGAGAAAGACAAGAUAGAAAGCAGUCACCAAACCGUGAUAAUAUCCAAAGAAACUCUGCAGGCCACCUACAACCUGCUGGUGACAGCCACAGAUGAGUUGCGGGCCUCUUACGCGUCUUUAAUUCAGGAAAAAACGGAGCUAGAAAGCCGUUGCAAAAAUGCAUCUGUGGAGAGAGACCUGUUGAAGCUGAAAAAUGACAAUCUGACUGCUGUGAGAGACGCACUGCAGAUGGACGUUGAGAGACUGAAAACAUUAAUUCCAGAUAAGAAGUGCCCCAGUGGCUGGAUGAAGUUUCAGAACAGCUGCUACUUGACAUCUGCUAGCAAGAAAACCUGGAGUCAGAGCAGGGACUUCUGUCAAGCCAAAGGCGCAGACCUGGCCAUCAUCACAAGCCAAGAGGAAAAUAUUUUCAUCAAUGGAUUGAAUUCAAGUGAUAAAGAAGCCUGGAUUGGAUUGACUGAUGGUGGAGUAGAAGGGCAGUGGAAAUGGGUAGAUGGGACACCAAUGACCACAGCGUUCUGGGGUAAUGACCAGCCCAACAGCCACGCCGGGCGGGACCAGGACUGUGUGGAGUUCUGGCACCGUGCGGUUGGGAGGGGCGACUGGAACGAUGAGAACUGUCAAGUAAUACAAUAUUGUAUCUGUGAGAUGUAGUUUCCCCUGAGAGGUAUAGAGGUUUGACUGGUACUGAGGAUCAUUAUGUCAUUUCAGUGUACUACACAACAAAUAUUAGGGACUGUGAAUUGUAAAUAAUUUCACACCCAGUUUGCUUAAAAAUCAAUAUUAUGUGACCAAUUUACAGACACUGACACACAGCUCUGCUAAGAGCUAUGAUCUUAAACUUUCCUGGUUAAUGUUUUGUGAUGAGUAUAGUAUUACGAAGUUAAAUUUAGCAGGUGGCCUAUCUUGAGCUGGUGCAGACUGUCAUGAUAAUGUGGAACCAGGUUGGUUCAAUAGGGACUGAGAUUCCCAUAUAUAUCUGUACAUGCUGUCGAAAUGAUCAUGUUAGUGGUUUAACUUAUGGAGUUUGAGCUUCCUUUAUGUGUCCUCCGGCACCAGGCCCUGGUCUGCAUACAGCUGAGAGGCAAUCAUGGUGAAAGUGACAUAUUUCUUAUGUCUAGUCAGCCAUUAUGAAGGUUCACACAUAAUCCAAUAUAUAACAACCAUUCAAUCUGUUUUAAAAAAGGUUGCUUACUUGCAAUUGAAAUGUUUUUUCUUUGCUUAUUUUAUAAACAAUGUAUAUAUUGAUCCAUGUAAACACAUACAAUUAUUGAUUUUGAAUAAAAUAAUCCACCCUGUGCCA